ACAUUAUUGACACGUGUUUUCAUUGAAUGUAAAUAUUAUGAUAUUUUUGUGACGAAUACACAAUCAUUCAAACAAUCACUUCAUUUGAUCCCAAGAUAUGGCACAACAGAUGAAACGCUUUAAGAUACCACUCAAGAGGAGAGAUGACAGCAAUGAAGACAACAUUCAACACCCACAAAUCUAUGCGAAAGACUCUUUGGAUCGAUUCGGUGAUGAUUUGUGUCAACUAUUGCUGUCUUAUCUCUCACUCGAAGAUAUAUUUCGUUUGGAAUGUGUGUCCAAACAGUUCCGGAGGACAGUCUUCGUGAGUGUUGUGGACUUCACUCUUAGCGAUGAAUUCAUUCAGAGAUUACUGUAUUGGACGGCAAUUGACGUCGAGUUUACGAUUUACACACAAAUUGAGUACACAAUUGACACCAAAAUGUUGGCCACAAUUGCCAUAAAAUGUGCAAACAUUGAGACCAUUGACUGCCGAGGAAUAAGCGCUAUAAAUGAAGGAUACAUUCCCGAUGUGUUGAACACAUUUCGAGAUAAAUGUCUUAAUUUACGAAAUAUUUACUGCAAUUUAUAUAAAGAUAAUGAGAAGAUAAUGCCGUCGUUGGGACCACUGGUCACCCGAAUCGGUAACAUUGGGUCCUAUGUUAGCAAACAAGCGCUCACUCAUUGCCACCGAUUGUCACAAUUGAAUACUUAUUGUUUUGAUCGAGUCUUCACUUCUGUCUAUACUUCCGGAGUACCACUCGUGAAGAAUUUGCUGAAAUAUGAGUUAAAGUUUAGUUACCAUCCAGACUUUGAUAACCACCGAUUGUCUGCAUUUGUGGCACACAAUCAGUCCCUAAGAAGUGUUGUCAUUGGGACCCAUAUAGACGGCACUCACGAGACUCUGACCGAAAUGUGCGGACAAUUGUCACGAUUAACACAAUUACGGCGAUUGAGUCUCGGGUUUAAGAUAAAGGGUUCGCAGCACUCAUUCAACGACUAUUUGCGCACAAUUGGCGUGAAUUGCAAACAAUUGCAACGAUUGUCGUUUAGUUUAUUCUCAAAGAAGUGUGAAUACAAUCUCAAGACAUUGGAUUCGUUGGCAUAUUUCCGGCGAUUAAAACGAUUAGAUCUAACACUUUAUGUGACCGUCGAUGAGAUAUCGUUGGAUGUCUUGAGAGAGUGCCGACGGUUAACACAUUUAGACAUCUAUUUGACUAAAAUGAACGCAAAUGUGUUUAAAAUUAUCCGCAAAAACUGUCCACAACUUCAAUAUCUAUGCAUUCAAAACAUGAAUAGCAUUAUAGAGACGGAGUGUUUGGAUCAGAUCUCAAGACUACCGGCGCUGCAAAUGCUUGUCAUUCACUGCAAGAGAAGCGGAGAUAUGGCACAACAGAUGAAACACUUGAAGACAUCACUCGAGACCACAUAUGGCUGUGAAAAUGAAGACCAAAAAAGACAUCAGCCAAAGAUUUACGCGAAGAACUCAAUGGACAGAUUCGGUGAUGAUUUGUGUGCACUUCUCUUGUCUUAUCUCUCAUUUGAAGACCGGUUUCAAUGCGAAUGUGUGUCCAAACAGUUGCAGAGGACAGUCUUCGCGAGUGUUGUGGACAUUACUCUUAGCGACCGAUUUAUACAGCGAUUACUGAAUGCCAAGAAAAGUGAUACCGAUAUGUUGGCUAUAAUUGCCAUAAAGUGUGCGGAGAUUCAGACUAUUGACUGCCGAGGAAUAACCAAAGACUACGAGAAACGCAUUCCCGAAGUGUUGGGUAUAUUGAGAGCCUAUUGCCGUCAUUUACGAGACAUUUACUGCGAUUUGGGUGCGAAUAGCCGUCAAAUGAUGGCCACAUUUGGACCACUGGUCACACGAAUCGGUGCCAUAAACUCGUAUAACGACAGCAAAGCGCUCACUCAUUGCCACCGAUUGUCACAAUUAAGGGAGUUAAAGUUGAAGAAACUGUCGGUACAAUUGUCACGAUUACCACAAUUACGGGAACUGAUACUCAGUUUGAAUUUAUCGCACGGCCAGACAUCGGCGGCUGUGACCGACUUUAUGCGCACAAUUGGCGUGAAUUGCAAACAAUUGCAACGAUUGUCACUCCAGUUGUCCGCACAAUCGGUGCUCAAUAUAUCGUUGGAUUGGUUGAGAUUUUAUGGCCCAUUAAGACAGUUAUGUUUGGAGAUCUAUGCCGUCAUCGAUGAGCGAGUGUUGGAACCGUUGAGACACUGCAAGAGAUUAACGCAUUUAGAGAUCUAUUUAAAGAAAAUAAACACAAAUGUGUUGAAGGAUUUGCAUCAAUACUGUCCACGACUUCACUAUCUAUUCAUUCGUGACUUGAAUGGCAUUAUAGACACCGAGUGUUUGUCACACCUCUCAAGACUACCGGCGCUGCAAAUGCUUGUCAUUGAAACCCAUAACAACAUUACUACCAGUGAUAAUGAUUUGAAUGCUGUGUUGUCUUCGAGUCUUUAG